GUGAUAAUAGUCUUACAUACAUACAAACAUACAUACAUACAUACAUACAUGCAUGCAUGUGUUAUGCAGUGCAAUAUGUUUGUCAGUAAAUAAAUAAAAAAAUUAAGUUAACUUAGUGAAAAAUGCCUAAAAUGCUAACUAAAAAUAUAUUAAUAACGACAUAACGGAUCUUCGCUUGGAUUUCAAACCAAUAAUACAAAAAUAAGCGUCCAAUGGUAAUGGCCGUGAUACUGUUGCUCGCCCUGGCACUUGUACUCGGUUGCUACUGCGCGAUCCAUAGGCAAAAGAUCAGUGCGAUUUAUUUGAAGCCGCUGCUGAAGAAUACGCCGCUCGAGGAUUGUUAUCAUGCGACGCCCAUCGAGCAGAGGAAGCGGCGCAGCAUCUGGGACAUACCUGGACCGCAGCGUAUCCCUUUUUUGGGCACCAAAUGGAUAUUCCUCAUCUUCUUUCGGCGCUACAAAAUGACAAAGCUGCAUGAGGUCUACGCAGAUCUGAACCGUCAGUACGGCGACAUUGUGCUCGAGGUGAUGCCCUCGAACGUGCCCAUCGUGCAUCUGUACAAGCGCGAGGAUCUGGAUAAGGUGCUCAAGUAUCCCAGCAAAUAUCCCUUUCGCCCGCCAACCGAAAUCAUUGUGAUGUAUCGGCAAUCGAGACCCGAUCGCUAUGCGAGUGUUGGCAUCGUCAACGAGCAGGGACCCAUGUGGCAUCGCUUGCGGUCCUCUCUCACCUCCAGCAUCACCUCGCCGCGCAUCCUGCAGAACUUUCUGCCCGCCUUGAACGCCGUCUGUGAUGAUUUCGUCGAGCUGCUGCGCGCCAAACGAGACCCCCAGACUCAGAUCGUGGCUAACUUCGAGGAGCUGGCGAAUCUGAUGGGUCUGGAAGCUGUUUGUACCCUGAUGCUGGGCAGGCGAAUGGGUUUUCUGAGCGUCAAUGCCACCCAGCCGGAGAAGAUCAGCCAACUUGCGGCGGCCGUCAAGCAGCUAUUUAUCUCUCAGCGCGAUUCGUACUACGGCCUCGGACUCUGGAAAUACUUUCCCACGAAGACAUAUCGGGAGUUCGCGCGAGCCGAAGACUUGAUCUAUGAUGUCAUCUCGGAGAUCAUCGACAACGAGCUGGAGGAGCACAAGAAGUCGGCGGCCUGCGAGGAUGAAGAUGUAGCCGGCCUACGCAGCGUAUUCCUUAAUAUACUCGAGCUGAAGGAGCUGGACAUACGGGACAAGAAGUCGGCCAUAAUUGACUUUAUAGCCGCGGGUAUUGAAACGUUAGCCAACACCUUACUCUUUGUACUCAGCUCAGUGACAGAGGGUAAGGGCUCAGCUAUGCCGCGUAUAUACGACGAGUUUCGUGAGUAUCGUGACACGAACAUUCUGCAGGACGCUCUGACAAAUGCCACUUACACCAAGGCGUGCAUUCAGGAAUCGUAUAGGCUUAGACCGACCGCCUUCUGCCUGGCACGCAUCCUUGAAGAGGACAUGGAGCUCUCCGGCUACUCCUUGAAUGCGGGCACGGUGGUGCUGUGCCAGAAUAUGAUCGCCUGCCACAAGGACACCAACUUUCAAGAGGCCAAGCAGUUUUGCCCCGAGCGCUGGAUCGAUUCCAGCUCAGGUAACUUCACAGUGAACGUGGACAGUGCCAGCAUUGUGGUGCCCUUUGGUGUCGGACGACGCACGUGUCCCGGCAAGCGUUUCGUCGAAAUGGAGGUGGUGCUGCUGCUUGCCAAGCUUGUAUUGGCAUUCGAAGUGAGCUUCGUGAAGCCGCUGGAAACGGAAUUUGAAUUCCUCCUAGCACCCAAAACGCCGCUGAGCUUAAGGCUGCGUGACCGCGAGUUAUGAAACCUAUUGAUUAGAGGCGUUUGUAUAGCAAGUAAACCCCGAAGGCAAAACACUUGUUUAUAAAGGCGCUUGUGAAUUGGAGCUCAAGAGUUUUAAAAAAACUUUCCUUAAAACCAAAAAUCGUAUGGAUCGAAUACAGUUAUUCUCCCACAGCAAAUUAAAUAUGUUCCCAUAACUUAUUGGGUUCGUCAAAUAUCAUUCAGCUUCUGUCAGGCAUACGCAUUUAACACAGCAGCCAAAAAGUAUGCUUUAGUUUUAUCACCAAAUCUCCAAUAUGCGAGUGCCUUUCAUAAAUGAGAAAAAUACAAAAUAGAAAUAUAUAUAUAUAUAUUAAAGUAUAACCCAGAUAUGUGACAAAAGAACACACCAAACUGUAUAUACAAAAAAUAUCUAGAAAGUAGAGUUCAUUUAUAUAUCUAUAGGAACUAUAGCUACCCGACUCGUAGCUGUUCCCUAUACGUUCCAUUGUGUUGUUGUAGCUAGUUAUUGUUUCUCUUAAGUAGCGGCAAUUAUUUUUGUGGCCUGUAAACGGAAAGACUGUAUUUAAGUUUUGUUGUUUCAAUAUUGAGGUGGCACCUAAUGUAAUAUGUAUAAAAACAACAACAAAAACAAAAACA